CAUCCCGUUUAAAAUUUGCAAUCUGAUUCCCUGGUGGUCUUGGAGGGAGUUUAGGGAAGGGAUAUUUGCGGACUCCUCCCCCUCCCCCCGCAUUGUUCGGCCUCCCUGAGGGCUCUGGGGAGAGGUCUCCGGGGGCCCGAAGCAGGGAGUCCUGGCUGCCCUGCCCCCACUGCCGGGGUCACCGAGGGGCUCAUUCUGGGAAGACCUGCGCCCUCAGGGCCGUUAGGAGCCCGGCUUUUUACUCCCCAUCUGUCCACCUCUGCCAGCCACUCAGCUCUUCUUCUCCUCCUUCCUCCCCGCGUGUCCGUCCCGUCUGCAGGGCCGUUUGCAGGCCUGAGGUGCCCACCUUGGCCCCUGGAGGAUGAACCAGCCGCAGAGGAUGGCGCCCGUGGGCACAGACAAGGAGCUCAGCGACCUGCUGGACUUCAGCAUGAUGUUCCCGCUGCCGGUGGCCAACGGCAAGGGCCGGCCCGCCUCCCUGGCUGGCGCCCAGUUUGGAGGCUCAGGUCUGGAGGACCGGCCCAGCUCGGGCUCCUGGGGCGCCGGCGACCAGAACAGCUCCUCCUUUGACCCCAGCCGGACCUACGGUGACGGCACUCACUUCAGUGAGCCCCACGGCAGCCUCUCUUCAUCCACAUUCCUGGGCCCCGGGCUUGGAGGCAAGGGCACUGAGCGCAGCGCGUACGGCACCUUUGGGAGAGACACGGGUGUUGGCGGCUUGAGUCAGGCUGGCUUCCUGCCCAGCGAGCUGGCCCUCGGCAGCCCCGGGCCCCUGUCCCCUUCAGGCACCAAGGGCGGCUCCCAGUAUUACUCCUACCCCGGCCACCCUCGGCGGAGAGCCGCGGACAGCGGACUGGACACGCAGCCCAAGAAGGUCCGGAAGGUGCCGCCCGGUCUCCCGUCCUCGGUGUACCCCUCCAGCUCAGGUGAUGACUACGGCAGGGACACGGCUGCCUACCCGUCCGCCAAGACCCCUGGCAGCGCCUAUCCCACCCCCUUCUACAUGGCAGAUGGCAGCCUACACCCUUCGGCCGAGCUCUGGAGUCCCUCGGGCCAGGCGGGCUUUGGCCCCAUGCUGGGUGGGGGCUCAUCGCCCCUGCCCCUCCCGCCAGCUGGUGGCAGCUCCGUGGGUAGUGGCAGCAGCGGAGGGUUCGGCAGCCUGCACCAGCACGAGCGCAUGGGCUACCAGCUACACGGAGCAGAGGUGAACGGCGGGCUCCCGGCAGUGUCCACCUUCUCCUCGGGCCCCGCAGCCGCCUACGCCAGUGUCUCCAGCCACACGCCCCCCGUCAGCGGGGCCGACGGCCUCAUGGGCUCCCGCGGGACAACUGCCGGCAGCUCUGGGGAUGCCCUCGGGAAGGCGUUGGCCUCGAUCUACUCCCCGGAUCACUCAAGCAAUAACUUCUCCUCCAGUCCCUCGACCCCCGUGGGCUCCCCCCAGGGCCUAGCAGGGACGUCGCAGUGGCCCCGACCAGGAGCCCCCGGUGCCUUAUCGCCCAGCUAUGACGGGGGUCUCCACAGCCUGCAGAACAAGAUGGAAGACCACCUGGAUGAGGCCAUCCACGUGCUGCGCAGCCACGCGGUGGGCGCUGCGGCGGACGUGCAUGGGCUGCUCCCUGGCCACGGAGCGCUGGCCCCCAGCUUCACUGGCCCCGUCUUGCCGCUGGCCGGGCGACACACUGGCCUGGUGGGAGGCGGCCACUCGGAUGACGCCCUCUCGGCCAGCGGCCUCUUGCACAACCACGUCGGCCUUCCCAGCCAGCCCGGCGCCCUGCCUGACCUCACCCGGCCACCAGACUCCUACAGUGGACUUGGGCGUGCUGGGGCCGUCUCAGGUGCCAGUGAGAUCAAACGGGAGGAGAAGGAGGACGAGGAGAAUGCGUCAGUGGCCGACAACUCAGAGGAGGAGAAGAAGGAGUUGAAGCCCCCCCGGACCCGGACCAGCCCGGACGAGGACGAGGACGACCUUCUCCCCCCAGAGCAGAAGGCUGAGCGGGAGAAGGAGCGCCGGGUGGCCAAUAACGCGCGGGAGCGGCUGCGGGUCCGAGACAUCAAUGAGGCUUUUAAGGAGCUGGGGCGCAUGUGCCAGCUGCACCUCAACAGUGAGAAGCCCCAGACCAAACUGCUCAUCCUGCACCAGGCCGUGUCGGUCAUCCUGAAUCUGGAGCAGCAGGUGCGAGAGCGUAACCUGAACCCCAAAGCGGCUUGCUUGAAGCGGCGAGAAGAGGAGAAGGUGUCAGGCGUGGUCGGAGACCCCCAGAUGGUGCUUUCGGCCGCCCACCCGGGCCUGAGCGAGGCCCACAACCCCGCGGGGCACAUGUGAGGGGCGCACGUGAGGGGCGCCGUGCGGGACCCGGGACCCCAGCCGGUCCCCGCCGCACGUCCUCGGUCAGCACGGACCCGCGCCACCCCAGGGCCUCCGAGGGCGGGGCUGUCCGGCCCUGGGCCUCACCGCCUUGACGCCUGGGGACUUUGCUGAUGGAUCCUGAGACCGCGGCCCCGGCCCAGACCCCAAGGGGCAGUGUUUUGUUUUGUUUCGUUUUGUUUCUAAACAAAACCAGAACGCGAGCAAGAUAUACUCUUUGUCAGAAAAGAUUUAAAAAUGCCUUAAGUAUAAAACGCAGGAGAGUCCAAACCUACCACUCGCUGGAGGGAGAAGCUGCGCAAGACUGGCUCGUUCCUGAGGAGCCGCCGUGAAUCGUGCCUACGCCUGACAUUUGUCUUAAGGAAAAUAAAGAACGUUAGUUACAAGAUUUUUUUUUUUUAAUGUAUUAGAAAACUAGCAAGGAGGAUGCCUUUGGUCUCUUUUUUUUUUUUUUUUAAGCUUUUUUGCAUAUGUUUUGUAAGCAACAAAUUUUUUGUAUAAAAGUCUUGUGUCUCUUGCUAUUUCUGCUGCUGUUUCUAGACUUGAGCGUUGCAUUUCAUGAUCAACCAGAUUAUUAAAAGUUGUAUUAAAAAGGC